AUGAGAUACACAUUACUGCUUCUUUUCAGGUAUGCUUUUUCAUCUGUAAGCACAGAUACCUCUUCUGACCCUAAGAAAGGGGUAAUUGAAAAGGCUAAUGGAGAGAUAGCAUAUCAUCCAGGAGGAAGUAAUGAAAAGGUUGGAGUGAAAGGAACACAUGUAGAAUCUGAUGGUCUUUCCCUUCGAAGGCAUACUGAUGAGGGAGGCCUUGUUGUAUUUCUGGCGCCAAAUCCCUAUGAGGAAUGGAGUUUUUCCUACACCUUUACCAAUGCAAAGCUUCGAUUCCCUCACAUAGGUGGUGUGUAUUUAUGGUAUACCUCUGAUAUUCAGGACCAAGGCGUUUACAGAGGAGGUCAUGACAUGUUUGAAGGGAUUAUGGCAGGACUUGAGUUUAGAGGUUCACAACCGGAGAUUGUCAUGGCAAUAAAUGAUGGGAAGACUAGUCUCAUAGGAUCCGAGGAGAUGACUUUGUAUAGAGAUACAAUAAACCCUGAACGACUUAAAGGAGUAAAGGACAUCACGGUUAAAGUAAUUUCUACAGAGAAGAAUUUCAAAGUCGAGUUAUAUGAUGGUGAUAGGCUACUCUACGAUAGCUUUAGAUACUAUCGUAAGGGGACAUUGGCAGGUAUAGGCUCUGGAAAGUACUUCAACAUCACAUCAUUCUAUGACAAGGCACCUUCAGAUAGCGUCUACAAGCUCAAGGAGGCACAACUAUUUGAAAGGACAGAAACAAGCGAAUAUGAGGUUCACAGGGUCCAUGCACCACCAGUGGAUAAGACCCCAAGGAGUCCGGACGGAAUUCUCCACGAAGACGAAGAAAUAAGACAUCUCAUCUCAAAGAUAGAGUACUUGAAUGAAUACCUCCACUUAGUGGUCGGCGAGCCUCAUAAGUCAUCAUUUGACAAGGUUGUAUAUGUUCUUUCCGAGCAACUCAAGACACAUAUGAAGAAUAUCGAAGAUGCAAUCACAUCAGCAAAAAACAAAGGAGGAUCAGAGAUGAAGUUCAUGAACCUGAGCGAAAAAAUGAAUGGUAUUGAUAUAAAACUUCAAAGGAUUCAGAAGUCCUUUGCUGACUUAGAGCAUGUGGUGAAUUCCCUCAAGAAUGAUUACAGCCGUAGCUCCAAUAUCUUAGUUUACAUAAUUGUAGGUAUCGGUGCUGCAGGAUUCGGACUAGUAGCAAUGAAGGAGUACCAGGCCUUAAAGCUUAGGCAAAAAGCUCUCUAA